CAGAGUGGAGCUGGCACCAGGAGGCUGCGCUGCCCGGCCCCCGAUCCAGUUUGAGGACGCCAAGGGCAAAGGGCAAGCGGGAGCAGGGCCCCACUCCGGACGGCUUGGCUAGCCAGGCUGCGCCCACCGCCCCGGGGCUCCGAGCCGAGCGCUGCGUCUCCUCUGGUCCGGCUCCUGCAGUGUUAGCGGAGCCCGGGGUCGCGGACGGCGCCAGCGCCACAGGCUCGGUUCGUCCGCUGCAACCCCAACCCGGACUCGCGGACUGAGCCUCCGGCACCACCCGAGCCAUGAAGAUGCACUUCUGUAUUCCGGUGUCCCAGCAGCAGCCGGACGCGCUGGGGGGACGCUACACGCUGUACUCCGUGUACCUGGACGGGUUCCUCUUCUGCAGGGUGCGCUACAGCCAGCUACAUCGUUGGAACGAACAGCUGAGACGGGUCUUUGGAAAUUGCCUGCCUCCUUUUCCACCAAAGUACUAUCUUGCAAUGACCACAUCUAUGGCUGCUGAGAGAAGGGACCAGUUGGAACAAUAUUUGCAAAAUGUAACCGUGGACCCAAACAUGUUGAGAAGUGAUGUCUUCGUUGAUUUUUUAAAACUGGUCCAGCUGGACACGUUUGGAAUCACUACCAAGAAAGCCUCUCUGGACAUAUUUCUGCCUGACGGAAGGAGCAUUCAAGCUGAAACUCUAACAUCCGACACUGCUGAAAGAGUCCUAGAGGUGGUGUCACACAAAAUUGGACUAUGUCGGGAGCUCUUGGGCUACUUUGGCCUAUUUCUCAUUCGGUUUCGCAAGGAAGGCAAGCUCUCUGUCAUGAAAAAAUUGGCAGACUUUGAACUCCCUUAUGUGAGUCUUCGAAGUUCUGAAGUGGAAAACUGCAAGGUUGGACUCAGAAAGUGGUACAUGGACCCAUCCCUUGAUUCCAUGCUGAUGGACUGCAGAGCAGCUGUAAAUUUGAUCUAUAUGCAGGCAAUACAGGAUAUUGAAAAAGAAUGGGCCAAACCGACCCAGCUGCAGAGGCAGAAAUUAGAAGCUCUACAGAAAGAAGACAACCAAAGAAAGCUUUUGGAGCUGUCCCAGGAGGUACAGCAUUAUGGAUACAUGCAGCUGGACCCCUGUACCUGUGACUACCCGGAACCGGGCUGUGGGGCCAUCCUUUCUGUGGGCAAGAACGAAAUCAGCUGCUGCAUAACCCUGCCUGAUAACCAGACCCAGGACAUCAUUUUCCAGAUGAACAGAGUGAAGUGCUGGCAGGUCACUUUCCUCGGCACUCUGUUGGAUAUGGAUGGGCCCCAGCGAACUCUGAACCAGAACUUAGAGCUCAGAUUUCAGUAUAGCGAGGAUAGUCGCUGGCAGUGGUUUGUUAUUUACACCAAACAGAUUGAAGUUCCUGAACAAGGCAAAAGUAAAAAAUACCACAUUCAACAAAGUCAGUCGAAAGACUAUUCUAGUUUUCUACCAAGAAAAUGCAAGAUUAAGAUAGCUGAAGUUGACUGUGUUUUGGGGACCAUAAAGGAAGAAGGUCUUUGAAAAGAAAGUCUCAUUUUUUAAAAUGUCCUCUAAGACUGUCUUGACAGUGAAAGAGAUUAGGGGUUGAAAGUGUGCUUCCUACUGUCAAUGAAAGAAAUUUGAGCCCUUCCCUAUUUUUUUGUGACAUUAAGAUGGACCAUAUUCAUCAAGACUGCUGCGAAACUUUGCUAAUCUCAAGAUUAAAAAGAUAUACGAGCCAAAGUUAUACCAUUUGUUUUUAAUGAUUCCUAAAUGACAAGUGGAAAAUCUAAAUCAAUUAGCAUGAAGCUCGUUUUCUCCCACCCCCACCCCGAUAGAUGUUUCCCUGGCUUCAUGAAAUCUUUUAUAUGUUCUGAUAUUACAUGAAUGAAAGGCUCAGUAGAAAACACUAUAAAUACAUUUGGAAUUGAGCUCUGAAGACAUGACUCAUCAGCUGAGGAAAAUGUGACUCUAAGAAAUGGAAUCCUUGAAAAAGAAAUCUGGACUUCACUGAUCCAUCCACAGCACCAGAGCAAGAAGGAGAUGAAAUAUGUAAUUCUGUUUCCUUACGUAAUUCUGAGCCUACCAAUAUGGAUAGUCUCAAGGUAAUAGGCUGCCCAGUUCUCUGUUUCUCCACUGCUGUAUUUGUAUUCUGUCCUUAAGCAGACUGAAUUCAGUUCAAAAAUCAUCAUGCUAUGUGUAUUUUGAAUAUUUUUGUUUUGGAAAGCUAUGGGGUCCUGCAUUUAUUAUCAGAUACCUUACAUGUCUCUUAGCUUUAAAAAUAUGUAUAAUUUUUCACUAGAUUUUUCCUUAUCCAAAUUCAGUUUAUUAUGAUAAUUAUAUGUAGAAUUAAGACUGUAGUAAGGGAGAAGGGCAGAAGAAUCUAUGUAAUAUAAUUAGAUAAAGUGCAAUAUUCUAAUGUUCUUUUCUAACUAGGUUGUGUAACUAAUUAUGUAAUGAAUAUGAAAUAUACUCAAGUGAAUACAGAAUUUACUGAUGAAAA